AUGGAAAUUCGGAGCCGUAAAAGGGCAGAGGCAUCUACAGUGCCAACCUCUUCUGCUCCAACCACACGCGCCGCCAAACGACUCCGUAACGCAUCCUCAUCAUCCGCCGCCGCCGCCGCCGCCUCGUCGUCUACUCCCAUGGACUCUACCUCGGAACGAUCCACCGCCUCUGCUUCUGCAGCUCGUGGCCGCCGCGGGAAAAACCCGAGUAAUAGUAAGAAUUCCAAUCAUAGUAGCAAUAAGAAACGUAGUGAUAGUAAAGGCAAUGUUAAUUUGGACAAGGGUAAGGAGAAGGAGCCUGAAAUCAGGCAGGGAAACUCAGGGAGGAGUUUGGUUUCGAACACCGGCUCUAGGGGUGUUGCGGACAAUGGUAAUGAUGGCGCUUCGGACCCAACUGUGCUGGAGGGCUUGUUGAGGAAGAUCAGUGCUGAGAUGAGUGAUAUUAUUGCCGCGUCAUCUUCUACAGCUUCUCAACAAAGUGAGAGAUUGAAUAGGAUUUUGUCGGACUUGAGGGCCGAAGGGGAGGAGAGCCAGCAAGUGGAGGCAUUAAUGGAGCUAACAGAGGUGCUGUCGAUGGCGACUGAGGCCUCGCUGAGGAGCUUCUCGUAUGAUUCUUUCGUGCCGGUGCUUGUGGGGUUGGUUAAUUAUGAGAGCAACCCGAAUAUCAUGCUUUUGGCGGCUCGGGCUUUGACCCACUUGGUUGAUGUAGUGCCCUCGUCUUGUGGUGAGGUGGUGCGCUAUGGGGCAGUGCCAUGCUUUGUAGCUAGGCUGCUGAGUAUCGAGUACAUGGACUUGGCUGAGCAGUCUUUGCAAGCUUUGAAAAGGAUAUCCGAGGAACAGCCGGAAACUUGCUUGCGCGCCGGUGCACUUGUGGGCGUGCUCUCUUAUCUAGAUUUUUUCCCCACAGGGAUACAGAGAGUUGCCUUGUCGACUGCUGCCAACAUUUGUGAUGGCCUACCUUCAGAUGCUGCUGAUUUUGUGAUGGAAGCUGUUCCGACGUUGACUAAUCUCCUCCAAUAUCAUGAUAAAAAGGUUGUAGAAGAUGCAUCUUUCUGCCUCACACGUGUUGCCGAAGCAUUUGCUCUUUCACCAGAAAGACUUGAUGACCUAUGUAGCCAUGGUGUUGUUACACAAGCGGCUGUCCUGAUUUCUUCCAGCAGCUUUUUAGGUGGUCAGGCUUCCCUUGGAACUCAUACAUUCACGGACUUGAUCAAGCUUCUUUCCACUCUUGCAAGUGGCUCUGCUCUAGGAGCAAAGUCUCUGCACCUCCUGGGAAUCGGUGGUAUUUUGAAAGACCUGUUAUUGGGGACAGGCCAGGUGACAAGCAUAUCUGUUUCACCUGCUUUUGGCCGAACACCCGAGCAGGUUUGUGAGAUUGUGAACCUGGCAGACGAACUGCUUCCUGCUGUGAAGGGUCAUGCUGGAAACUCUAUCCUUGAGGACGAUUCUAAUGGGGGUAUACCUGAGGUUUCAACCCGUGAGAAACUAUUGAACGAACAGCCUGAACUUCUGCUGCAGUUUGGGAUAGAUCUCCUUCCUGUUCUUGUCCAGAUUUGCAAUUCUAGUGUGAAUGUUUCUGUCCGCCACAAGUGUCUUUCAGUUAUUAGAAAGAUUUUGUACUUCAGCACUUCCGAAAUUAUACAAUCUUUAAUAAAGGUCACAAACAUAUCAAGUUUCUUAGCUGUGGUUUUAGCUUGGAAGGAUCACCAAGCUUUGGUGCUUGCUCUUCAAAUAGCAGAAAUUUUGAUGGAAAAGCAUCCUGGUACUUUCUCAAGGACGUUUGUUAGGGAAGGUGUUGUGCAUGCUGUGGAUGCAUUGAUAUUGUCUGGAGGAGAUAGCAGUACUUCUCAACAGUCCCGUCACAAGAAAUCUAGUAAUUGUUCUUCUCGUUCUAGACGAAAUACAAGAAAAGAUGUUAGCUCCAGUUCAGUUGAUAACACCUCAGAUCCAACUGCGAAUUCAAGUCUUCUAGUGACAGUGAGUUCACAUGCAAGACUGUUGAAAGAAAAAUAUUUUUCUUCAGAUGCAGCAGCCAGUGGAUCUGGGGUUACAGAUGGUCUCCUCCGCUUGAAAAAUCUUUGCACAAGAAUGAACAUGGGGAUCGAUGAGCAGAAAAAGAGAUCCAAGGGAAAAUCGAAAGCCAUUGGUGCUCGGCUCAGUAAAAAAUCCUCUAGGAUAGAGGAAGAAUUGGUUGAAAUGAUUGUUCAGCUUCUACAGGAGCUUAGCAGAGAAGAAGGUGCAUCAACUUUUGAGUUUAUGAGUAGUGGGGUAGUUUCCUGCUUACUUAACUACUUUACUUGCGGAUAUUUCUCCAGUAAAAAGAUUUCCAAAGUUGGUCUGCUUAGGCUUCAGCCACUAGCAAUAAGAAGAUACAAGUCUUUUGUCUCCCUCUUCCUUCCUUCAAAUGUUGAAGGGAGUCCUAUGAGCGUUUUGGUUCAAAAGCUACAAAAUGCUUUGUCCUCAUUAGAGUGUUUCCCUCUUGAAUGCAGCCGGUCUACGUAUCGUUCAUUAGAUAGGAAUGCAAGUGUCUCAUCUGGUUCCAGUAGUUUAUCUCGUUCAAUCAAACUGCGUCUUUCCCGAGCACCCGGAGAAAAAACACUUGGCGAUUACUCUACGAAUGUUGUGAGUAUUAGUGAUCCAUUGACAAGUCUGGCUGCCGUUGAAGACUUCCUUCUGCCGAGGGUUCAGCAAGAUGAGUCUAAUCAGCCUUCUGCAUGUGCUGGGAAGUCAGGGUCUGAAACAACUUCUGCAGAGGAAAAAGAUUCUAGCGCAUCAAAGGCAAAGGGGAAAGCAGUUGUCACACAAGACCAAGAAGGUGUGGAAGGACCUCAGACUAGGAGUGCUGCUCGUAGAAGUUCGGCCCUUGAUGAAGAUAAGCACAUGAUACCACUGAUUGAGGACACCUCUUCCAAGGUAGAGGAGUCGGACAAUUUGCCUGUGGCAACUGAUGAGCAAAUGGAAGGUGGAGAUGAUGAUAUCUCUGAUGAUGAUAUCUCUGAUGAUGAUAUAUCUGAUGAUGAUAUCUCUGACGAUGAUAACUACCCUGACGCCACUUAUGUUGAUGCACUGAGAAGCGCUACUCUUCCUAUUAUCAUGACAGACAUAGUGCAUGAUAUUGAACUAGGUGACUCUUCAGAUGACAGUCCUGAUAGACAAAAUGAACGACCAAAUAGUUCUAGCUCUGCAGGUACUAUAGGACGAGGUGUUCGUGGACUAAUAUUUACUGCAGAGGGGAGGCAGCUGAAUAGUCGAAUGACUGUUUAUCAGGCAGUAUUGGGCGAGGGUGAAUCCAGUGAUGGUCGUCAGGUCUGGGAUGCCAUUCACACUAUACUUUACCAAAGCGCUGAUAAUCAUGCUACAAGCUUUUCACUUGGGACUCUUGCAUCAACAACUGAAUCUGAGUCUUCCAAAGCUAGUGCUUCUGGUGACUACACUGAAUUAUCCUUGAGUAGUAUCUCUCUUCUGGAUAGGUUCAUCCGAGGGGAAUUCCCUUGUGAUUUGGAAAGAGAAGACCCCAUUUAUAAUAUUCUAGCACUAUUACGUGUACUGGAGGGGUUGAAUCAGUACGCACCACUUUUGCGGGUCCAAAUAGCAAUCGACAGUUUUGCGGAGGGGAAAAUUUCUAAUUUAGAUGAACUGAAUAUGAGUGGAGCCAAGGUUUCUCCGAAAAUUUUUGUAAAUGGCAAGGUUACUUCAAAAUUGACUCAAAAAAUUCAGGACACUCUUGCCGAUAGCACAUGUCCCCUUCCUUCUUGGUGCUACCAUCUGACAAAAGCUUGCCCAUUUUUGUUCCCUUUCGAAACCCGUUGCAUGUAUUUCUAUUCAACUGCUUUUGGAUUUUCUCGUGCGUUGCAUCGGCUCCAACAGCAGCAAGGUGUUAAUGGCCAUGGUUCAAUGAGUGGGCGAAAUGGUAGGGGUAGCAUAUUAACCCGCCAGAAAGUUCGUGUCCACAGGAACCGAAUUUUAGAUUCAGCUGCAAAAGUCAUGGAGAUGUACUCUAGUCAGAAAGCUGCUCUUGAAGUUGAGUAUUAUGGUGAGGUUGGCUUGGGAUUGGGGCCUACCAUGGAGUUUUACACUCUUUUGAGUCACGAAUUUCAGGAAGCUGGAUUAGGAAUGUGGAGGUCAAGUUCAUAUUCUGGACAUAUGCCUCUUAGGUUGUUUCCUCGCCCUUGGCCAGCCACUGCUGAUACUUCGGAUGGUAGCCAAUUUUCCAAAGUUAUCGAGUAUUUCCGUUUGCUCGGGCGGAUAAUGGCUAAAGCUCUUCAAGACGGGAGGCUUUUAGAUUUGCCACUGUCAGCAGCCUUUUAUAGGCUUGUUCUUGGUCAAGAGUUGGGUUUGCACGACGUCACUUCUUUCGAUGCGGAACUUGGGACUACAUUGCAAGAAUUGCAAGCCCUCGCAUGCAGGAAAGAAUACUUGGAAUCUGUGAGAAGCUAUAAUCCAGAAGAGCUCUAUUUUCGUGGAGCUUCUGUUGAUGAUCUUUGUUUAGAUUUCUCCCUUCCGGGCUAUGCAGAUUAUAUUUUGAUAUCAGGCGAUGAAAAUGUGGAUAUAAGUUCUCUGGGAAACUAUGUUUCCCGUGUGGUUGAUGCUACGGUAGGGACUGGGAUCAUGCGACAAAUGGAAGCAUUUAGAUCUGGUUUUAAUCAGGUGUUUGACAUCUCAACUCUGACGAUAUUUUCUCCGAAUGAGCUGGACCAGUUGCUGUGCGGCUGCAGAGAAUUGUGGAAGGCUGAGUCUCUCGUGGACCACAUUAAGUUCGAUCAUGGAUACACUUCAAACAGUCCUGCCAUCAUCAAUCUUCUUGAAAUCAUGGGUGAGUUCACUCCCGAGCAGCAGAGAGCCUUCUGCCAGUUUGUCACCGGUGCUCCUCGGCUUCCGCCAGGUGGCCUGGCCGUGCUGAAUCCUAAGCUGACUGUUGUAAGAAAGGUACAUAAUUUGCCAGACUCUGUGGAUGAUGACUUGCCGAGUGUCAUGACUUGUGCGAAUUACCUAAAGCUUCCACCAUACUCAUCUAAGGAAAUUAUGCACAAGAAACUACUAUAUGCUAUUAGUGAAGGUCAAGGAUCUUUCGAUUUGUCAUGA